UGUUGCUGUGGGAACGGUUCGAGGGGUUCGGGAGGGCGGGCCGCCCAGCGGGCCGCCCAGCGGGCCCUGGACCAGGCUCUCAGUCCUGAGAGCGGGUUGUGCUCGGAGUGGGCCUCCUCCACCGGUGCCAGGUCCUAGAGUGCUCCGGCCUCCUACGGAGGAGUUCACCCUGCGGUGACGUCAGCGAUCUGUGGCUACGGCCUCUUCCUGCAGCGCCAGGCUCCGCCCGGCCUCAAAGUCGACCUAAGUCGCUCUGGUGCUCUGCGGUUGGGUGGAAACAACCCUCUCCCAGCGGUUUAGACGUUGGCCUGCAGGAGAAAAACAUUUUCUGUACUUCUCUACGGGUUUCCUCUGAUUUAUCCUGAAAGUUAUGUGAGAAUGAUGUGCACUGCCAAGAAAUGUGGAGUUAGAUUCCAGCCUCCAGCUAUUAUCUUAAUCUAUGAGAAUGAAGUCAAAGGAAAGAGUCGCCAGCGCAUCAUGCCAGUCCGAAAUUUUUCAAAGUUCUCAGACUGUACCAGAGCUGCUGAACAGUUAAAGAAUAAUCCACGACACAAGAGUUACCUGGAACAAGUAUCCCUGAAGCAGCUAAAGAAGUUAUUCACUUUUUUACGAGGUUACUUGUGGGGACAGAGUUUGGCAGAAACGAUGGAACAAAUUCAACGGGAAACAACCAUUGAUCCUGAGGAAGACCUGAACAAACUAGAUGACAAGGAGCUUGCCAAAAGGAAGAGCAUCAUGGAUGAACUUUUUGAGAAAAAUCAGAAGAAGAAAGAUGAUCCAAAUUUUGUUUAUGACAUUGUAGUUGAGUUCCCACAGGAUGAACAACUACAGUCCUGUGGCUGGGACACAGAGUCAGCUGAUGAGUUCUGACACCAAACACUCAAUUUAUUGGGGUAGCAGAACAUCCAUGUUUAUAUAAAAACAUAGAUGUAUUCUAGAAAUAUCUGUAAAGAACACCAAUUAUAUAUAUUGGGUCAUAAAUCGAGGACAUUUAUAUCUACUAUGUAGGUGCAUGAGGAAUAGAGGAAAAACAAUAUAGGAAUCUGCCUUUAAGGAACUUGCAAUCUAACUGGGAGAUAACUCAAAAAUUUGUGGAAAGCUAGUUAACAGUAUUAAGCAGCAAAAUAUUAGAGCCAGAUAACAGAGGCUAGAGUCAGAGCUUAGAUUAUUAUAGGUUAAAAUAGUCAGCAAAGACCUUUUCCUUUAAUGGAGAGAUAGGAGUUUGCCUGGACCUUGAAAUGGUAGUAUUUAUAUAGAUGCAUAUGUAGGAUUCCAAUUGAGGGCAGUGGAUAAAAGGUGAAAGAGGAUGUUAAAAGAGACAAGAAAUAGAAAUUUUUAUUUGAGGAACAGUGAGCAAAUUAUGGUUUGAUGAGAUUAAGGGGCAUAUAUGGUUACCAAGAAAUUAUCCUUUAUGCAUUAUGCUUUUAAAUAUAUGAACAUUCUUUUGUAUGUAUAUAGCUCUGGAGUAGAAAAGUACCUCUGCAAAAUUCCCUGCUGCUGCAAGUGGAUGUUAUGUGAUGGAUAUUAGGAGAAUUCUGCUCCUCUGGGAUAAGGAAAUGUAUACUAAAGACAUUCCGAAACCAGGAACCUCUCUUCCCAUAAGUGAGAGGUUGGUCUGUAAAAUGGGAAAUCCACCCAUAAUAAAUGAACAAUAGGUACUGCCAGUUUAAACCUAUUCAUGAAUUUGGAUGUACAAAGAAAGGAUUUUUAUUUAAUAAGGUUAUCUGUAUUCAGAUACAUUUGUUUUUACUCAAAUAUUAUUUAAUUGGUAAAAGUCCUAUACUUUCUAUAAGGAAAUUUAAUAUUUAUUAAGUAAAACUGUAAAAACGAUUACUCAUUCUUUCUACCUGUUUAUUCCUACCCUCUUUACUAUUAAAUGCCCCAUUAAAAGGGA